AGUUACUUGUACAACACGGAAGAAGACGUAGGCAGGAAGGAACAACGCGGAUAGAGCAAUGGAGCUGGUCUCCCUGGGACAGGUACAAAGAAAUUGCUAGUUAUGAGCAAAAGCUGGGUUAGUGCGGUGAAAGAAAGCUCAGAAAGAGCAGUCAUGUCCCUCGAUAAAAUCCACAUUGACUCCAAUGAGCUGAUUGAGAAGCAGCCCCUGGAUAGUGGAGGAUUUGGAAUGGUGUCAUUAUGUUACAGGAAGAAUCAUGGACUCGUUGUUUUAAAAACAGUAUACACAGGACCACAACGCACAGACUACAAUACUUCCCUCCUCAAGGAAGGGAAAAUGAUGAACGAGUUGAAUCAUGAUCGUAUCAUAAGGUUGAUUGGAGUUAUUUUGGAAGAUGGCAAUUACUCACUUGUUAUGGAAUUCAUGGAGAAUGGGAACCUGCUGCAGCUUUUACAAAGUGUACCUAUCCCAUUAUCCGUGAAAGGAAGAGUAAUCCUGGAAAUCAUUGAAGGAAUGUCUUAUUUGCAUGAAAUGCGUAUUGUGCACAAAGAUUUAAAACCUGAAAAUAUCUUGGUGGAUGCAGAUUAUCAUAUCAAGAUAGCAGACCUAGGGGUGGCAAUUUUUAAAACCUGGAGUCGACUGACCACUGAAGAGCAAAGGAGAAGGAGCCAGAUGGGCUCAAAGUUGCAGAACAACGCAGGCACGCUGUCCUACCUAGCACCAGAACAUCUGCGUUCACUGAAUACCAAGGCCACGGACAAGUCUGACGUGUACAGUUUUGCCAUUGUAGUAUGGGUGAUCCUAACCAACAAAGAGCCAUAUGAACAUGCACUGAACAAUUCGCAGGUUUGCCAGCUGGUUCUCCGUGGAGAACGGCCUGAUAUGAAUGAUAUCCCUGUUGACAGCCCCAAAUGCGUUGUUUCUUUAAUGAAGCAGUGUUGGGAAAAUGAGCCCGAGAAGAGGCUGACUUUUGGAGGUUGUGACUUGCAAUUCCGACCAUUCUAUGAAGGAAAUCUACUUCAAAAUAUUGGUCCAGAUUUGACAAAAUUAAGAGAAUUAUCGCUGAAGAAACCAACAGCUCCAAGGCAGCUAGUGAAAAGGAUGCAGUCUUUGCAAGUGGAUUGCGUUGGUGAAAUGCCAGAAACUCCGACAAAAGACGAGCCAAAUUCCUUGCACAGCUCACAAGGUAUCCCUGCAAGCAGCGACACUCGAGAGGCAGAGUUUACACCUUGUAAGUUAAGCGAGCCUGCUGUGAAUGACCCUGACAGCAGUAUUUGGCAGGGAAAUGACGAUGACGACUUGCAGGUCAGAAGAAAACUAAAUGAGGAAUUGAAUUACCACAUGACGGGCAGUCGCCUGGACGCUUCCGUUUUUCCGCGUAAGAUUGAAGAGCUCUUUCUGGAAAGAAGCAAAAGAGUUUCCAAUGAGCCGGAUUUCACCAACCAGUUUCCUCUCAUGCCUCCCUCUCAUUAUCUGGCAGGCAUGUCCAGUGCAGGGCAGUCUGUAGACUUGUAUGGUUCCCAGCAGCUCCACAAAACGGGGGACACCUUGAACUAUUUGAACUAUUCAAAAUCUGUCAAGGAAGAAACCGGUUGGCGAGACGCAAGUAAAAUAAGUCCGUCAGGAAUUCCUACAGGACAGGGGGCGUCUCUGUACAGAACUCCAGCUCAUAUUCCUGUCACUGAAACUGGUAUCCCACAAACUGGAAAACCUGGUAACUGGUCUCCACAUCAGCAUACAGGAAAUAAGAGUGAAUCCAGUAACUACAUUGGGAAUGUUCUUCAUAAUCUUCCAAAUCAGCUGGUGGGGACAGAAACCAACAAGAUCAGUUAUUUUGGCCAAGAAGGUACAGCGAACAUCUCCAUAGGCGAGGCCAGGGGAGUUCAGAUUGGCAACAAUAACACUAUGAAUAUUGGAAAACAGGUUUUCAACACAAAAAAAAAGAAUGGCUCCAAAGUUUCCAGACAGAUACAAAGUGCUCAGCAAUUGAAUAUUGCCGACAAUACACCAGUUCAAGAAUCUCACCUGGACCUGCUGCGGGGAGAGUUGGGCAAAGAUUGGAAACACUGUGCUCGUAAGCUGGGCUUCAGAGAGUCCGAAAUCGACGAGAUUGAUCAUGAUUAUGAAAGGGACGGAUUGAAGGAGAAAGUUUACAAAAUGCUACACAAGUGGCAAAUGAAGGAAGGAUCCAAAGGUGCCAGCCUUGGCAAGCUUGCCCAAGCCCUUUGUUCAUGUCACAGAUAUGACCUGGUUCGCAGUUUGCAGAACUGCAUCUAAGUUUAUUCCGUUUGAAGGACAAUCAACAAAAAUCCUCCCACUCAUGUUCGAAAAUCCUGUGAAGUGCCUUCAGACAUUUUUACUACAUUCAGGGUGUUAUAUAAGUGCUUAUUGCGGGAUGGCUGCUGGUAUGGUCAUGGAAUACAUUAAGACUUGCCUUGCUGUUUCAGUGUCAAAACCCUUGAAGGUAUGGAGCUUUGAAUAGCUCUUCGGAUCCUGAACUUUUACAGUGUUUGGCUUUGAUAUGGAGAAAUGGUGAAUAGUUUGAUCUAUUGUAUAGAGGUGGAAGUGUAUAUCAAGAAUGUGAAUGUCAUUUUGUAUUUGAGCAGUGGCCUGACCCAUGAAAAUAUGGGGAGGUGACGCUCUGACUCAUCAUGAACAGCUCAGAAUCUGCUCUGUCCAUCAACGUUUGGUACUUACUAGUGUUUGAAGUUAGUGUGGGCCUGACUUUGAGCACAGCCUCUUCCCUCAGCCUACACAGAUAGGCCAGAUGACAAGCAUCUUGACCCCCCCCUCCAGGAUUGAGGUCUAAGCUGUGGGCUUCAUUGGCAGCAGCAGUCCUCAGGCCUACACCUGGGAAUUGGGGGGAGAAGGAUUGGGGUUAGUCCUGCUCCCGGUUUCACAGAUUUUUUUUGAAAAAUAAUCUAAAUUGUCAUCAGAACCAGAUUAUUAAAGCAUAAAAAAAAGGAGCAGAAGUGGGUCUUUCAAUCCCUCUGCCAUUCAAUAAGGUCAUGGCUAUAAUUUCUGCUUCAGUGCCACUGGAGAAUCUGCAUUAUUCAUCCAGGUCUGUUAUCAGACAAUCGGCGCUUUACUGGUGCAUCAACAAGUUUUAGUUCUUGAGGAAUAUUUCCCUUUUAUAGACCCUUGACAGAUGAUCCCUGUGAAUUCAGUAAUGGGACAUAGCUAUUUUCUCAAUAGCUAGCCAAAGCACUUAUAACUACAAGUGUGCAGUCUCCUUACCCUUUCAUAACUGACGCAAUGGGUAUGUCUCUCAUAUUCUGUCCCAUUUAUGAAAGGAAAAGAUUGCGUGUUAGCAGGAAACCUGCACGUAGCAGUUUAAAGAUUACUGUGUGGGAUAGCCAGGCCAAAAGGCUAUCUUGCUUUCUAGUUCUUCCUCCCCCACACAUUUUUCAAAAAAGAAAUUAAUCACUGUUAGGAAGUUCCAUGUCUUUCUUGUAUUUCCAACGCACUCUUGGCUGGUCUCCAGCGUUCCCGCUUAAAUAAACCUGAGCCCUUUCAAAAGUCUGCAGCCUGUGUCCAAACUUGUACCAAGUACCGUUCAGCCCUGGUCUCACUCACCUACAUGGGUUCCUACUAAACAGCAACUUGGUUUUAUAACUCUCAACCUAGUUUUCAAAUCCCUCCAUGUUGCUGUCCCCCUCUGUAUCCCUCUCUAAUCUCCUCCUCCAGGAUCUAAUCUCCCACUUCUGGCCCCAGUGUUCAUGGCUCCAAUAUUGGCUUAAGCACUUGAACUUUAGCCCUGAACCCCACUGCUUCCUUUCCCGCCUCUAAAAGACCUCUUGAAAUCAACCUCUUUGAUCAAACUUGUCAUCAUCUGACCGAAUAUCUCAUAUCCCCUGCAGCUCAGUGACAGGUCUUGCUGCAGUUACAGUGUGUUUUGGUGCAUAUUGUGCACAAUUCAGACUUUCCCACCCAAGUAAUAUCCUUGCUCUGCUUCAGAAAGGAAAUGAAAAUUCAUGAAUCUGCUUCUUGGGAAGAGGUAGAGGAGAAAUUAAAUUGAAUGGGCUUGUACACUCUUUCUUGAAUGUGGAGCUUUGAGAGGUGAUCACUUUGAAACGCGCAACAUUCUGAAAGGGCAGAGAGAGAGAUCGAUCCCCCUGGCUCCAGAACCAGGAGGAAUAGCCUACUGAUAAGGCAGUGGCCACUGAGUGAGAAUUGAAAUGCUAACAUCUGAAAUUGUUCACCCCCAUAGAACUUUGAUUGAUCAACUAUUGAGUGCAUUCAAGACUGAGAUCUGUAGAAUUCUGGAUUCUAACUGAAUCAAGGGUUGGGUUGGGAGAGCUGACCUUGAAGAUCAGCCAUGAUCCUAUGGAAUGGUGCAGUAAGACUGAGAGACUGAUUGGUGCACCCUGCUCCUAUUUCUUGUGAUAACCACAUGAACUGGUAUUAUUGUGCAUUAUGUAUAUAUACUAUUAAUCAAGUCAUUGGAAUUUUUUUUUAACAGUCACUGAAUUCUAGAUGGUUUUGUUCAAAAUGUAAUUGUUUGAAAUACUUAAACAUUUUAAUAUGAUAUUUUAUUACUUGAUAAAAUUAAUUGAUUUACACAGU